AUGAAUAAAAUAAAUUUAUAAAAGAAACAAAAAUAAAAAUAAAAGUUUAUUCCUUUAGGAUUUGUAAUCAAAUACGAUCCUCCAGUUAUUGGUAUACAUAAGUAUUAAUUAAUAUAAGGAUUAUUAUAUAAAAGAAAUGUGUAGGAAAAUAAAAAAAAAGUUUAUAAUAUUCAUUUAUAAAAUCUAAUUAAUUUAGAUGAUGAAGUUGAAAUAACUAAAAAGUUAUUUGAUGAACAUCCUGAAUUUCUAGAUCCUGAUAUCAUUGAGCCUGAAUAAGUUUUAGGUUUAGUAUAAAGAUUGAUAGAAUAUAGAUAGAUAAUGGAAUAAGAUAAUGAAAAUGAAUAUUAAGAUGAGGAAACAGACAGUCACAUAAUUGAUGAAAUGUUUGAUUGA